AUGCCCGCCAGGAAGGCAAAAUCCCAAUCAAAAUUACCGUCGGAACUCAUGUCACAACAGUCGUCAUCGCAAGGAAAGAAACGCCGAAAGACAUCGGACGACACAGCAAGGGCAAAGAAACGCCGAACCGUACAAGGACAGACCAGUCCAGUAGAGGCCGAGUAUGUGCCAUCUGCAAAUGAUCUGAUCAGCGACGUCCCAAGAGACGAGAAUUUUACAAUUGACACAUUGCUUCCGGAUCUUGGGACAUCAUACGUCGAUCGAUUCAAAUCGCCCACCGCGCCAGCACGGGCAAAAAGGAAGCCGUGGCCACGACAAUCUAGUCCCCUGAUAGAUCCUGAGAAAUUGCCUCCUGGCUGGAGCAUGACUGAACCGGAUCUUAACCGAGAUGAUAUUGAGGCACAAAUUGAAAGAUGCCACGUGAGAAUCAGAGAGAAUAUCAUGCCUCACAUAUUUGCACAUCGGCUAAAGGGAUUGCAAAUCUCUCGGGUCAAGCAAAAUGAACUGGCCGAAUCGGAACCUGGGAACCAUAGUUUGGAUGUCCUCAGACGCUUGGAAAUUUUGAGGGAGAUGGAGAUUGAGCUACAAGGCUCGGACAACUUUAAUCAGCUCCCUAAUGUACUGGCAUUACUGCAGGCCUACCGCGGAGGAAUGCUUGAUUGGAACAUAGGAUUGGUCACUUAUUGGUUUGAAGGCGUGCAAUUGUGUGAGCCAAGGCCGUUCAGUUGGGAUGAAUUCGAGGUCCUCAAUGCGCACCAUUCUGGUAAAACCGGUUUUUGGAUGGAAGGACUGGUUGGACCCGGACCUACACACUCCCUAUCUGCCGUUGGAAUACCUGCAAACCUCCCAAACAAUGCAUACUUUGCUCGCAGUUACAUGGUUGCCCUUCGCAUCCCUGGUUUAAGGUGGUACGCAGAGCUUGAGUUCGUGUAUGACACCGGGGCAAGCAUGAUGUCGUUAUUUGAGGGCGAUCUUCAAAACAUUAUGGGAAGAUCGACCGUGGGUCCUACAGUCAUGGGGCUAAACUCAUCAAGUUUGGCCGAUGGUUCCCGGAAUGCGGAUGACGGGAUGGACCAGAGUCCAAGCUCAAGUAUCUCCAGGUUGGGUCAGCUCCGCGCGACAAUGACAUGCUAUGGAUUGCGAAUACCCACCCUGAACUCGUCGAAAAUGUACCUGAUACAGGUCAUUCUCGAAGACGUCCGGUUCUGA